AUGCUCGCACCCUGGGCGCCUUUGCUCUUCUUAGCAAUGUGGGUGAGAAGUGCCACCAGUGGGCCACUCUCCUUCAGAAUAGCUGCAAUCCUCGAUGAUCCAAUGGAGUGCAGCCGGGGGGAGCGCUUGGCCAUCACGCUGGCAAAAGACAGCAUCAACCGUUCCAGCAACCGCUCUACAACCGGCAAGCUGGAGGUGGACAUCUUCGAGUUGCUCAGAGACAGUGAAUAUGAGACUGGAGAGACCAUGUGCCAGAUCAUGUCUAAGGGGGUGGUGGCAGUCCUGGGUCCAUCCGCCAGCCCGGCUUCCAACUCCAUCAUCAGCAAUAUCUGUGGGGAGAAAGAGGUGCCAUAUGUGAAGGUGGCCCCAGAGGACAUACUGAAGGUGCAGUUCCCCCGAUUCACCACGCUAGACCUCAGACCCACUAACACAGACAUCAGCCUGGCUGUGGCAGGCCUUCUCACCUUCUUCAACAGCACCACAUCUUGCCUCAUCUGUGCUCAGGCCAACUGCCUAUUAAACCUGGAAGUGUUACUUCGACAGUUUCUCAUUUCCAAGGAAACGCUCUCUGUUCGCAUGCUGGAUGACAGCCAAGACCCUACUCCCCUACUCAAAGAGAUCCGAGAUGACAAGACUGCCACCAUCAUUGUCGAUGCCAAUGCCACCAUGUCCCACAGCAUCCUGGAGAGGGCAUCCGAGUUAGGAAUGCUUUCUGUCUACUACACCUACAUCUUCACCUCACUGGAAUUCUCCCUGCUGCGACUGGAUGACGUAGCCAACCAAAGGGUGAACAUCAUCGGGUUCUCAGUCUUCAACAGAACGCACCCCUUCUUCCAAGAUUUCCUUCUCAGCCUCAACCGCUCCUGGCAGGAGAACUGUGAUCACGCCCCUUUUGCUGGAACACCGCUCUCAUCUGCACUGCUGUUUGAUGCCGUACACACAGUAGUCGCAGCUGUGCAGGAGCUGAACCGCAGCCAGAACGUGGGGGCAACUCAGCUCUCUUGCAAGUCCUCAAAGAUCUGGGAGCACGGCACCAGCCUGAUGAACUACUUGAGGAUGGUAGAAUUGGAAGGUCUAACAGGCCAUAUCGAGUUCAACAGCAGGGGCCAGCGCUCUAACUAUGCCCUACGCAUCAUGCAGAACAGCAGGGAUGGCCUAAGGCAGAUCGGUCAGUGGCAUUCGGAGCAAGGCCUAUCAAUGGAGAAAAAGCUUCCCUCACUUAACGUCACAGACACACUCUUCAACACCACACUGAUCAUCACAACCAUCCUGGAGAAUCCGUAUGUGAUGCUGAGAGCCAACUAUCAGGAGCUGGAGGGGAAUGAGCGCUACGAAGGUUUUUGCGUGGACAUGCUGAAAGAGCUGGCCGACAUUCUGAAGUUCAACUACCGCAUUAAGCUGGUGAGCGACGGAGUGUACGGUGUCCCCGGUGCCAAUGGAACCUGGACGGGAAUGGUGGGCGAGCUCAUCUCCAGGAAGGCGGAUCUAGCCGUGGCUGGCCUGACCAUCACAGCUGAGAGGGAGAAGGUCAUUGAUUUCAGCAAGCCUUUUAUGACACUGGGGAUUAGUAUCAUGUACCGAGUGCAUUUGGGAAGAAGACCAGGGUAUUUUUCCUUUCUGGAUCCCUUCUCUCCAGGGGUCUGGCUCUUUAUGUUGCUGGCAUAUCUGGCAGUUAGCUGUGUGCUCUUUCUGGUGGCCAGGUUGACCCCGUAUGAAUGGUACAAUCCACACCCCUGCCUGAAGGGACGCUGUAGUCUCCUCAUUAAUCAGUACUCUCUGGGGAACAGUUUCUGGUUCCCAGUAGGGGGGUUCAUGCAGCAAGGUUCCACCAUUGCUCCACGAGCUCUCUCUACACGUUGUGUCAGUGGAGUAUGGUGGGCCUUCACCCUUAUCAUCAUCUCUUCCUACACAGCCAAUCUGGCUGCCUUCCUAACUGUCCAGAGGAUGGACGUUCCCAUCGAGUCUGUGGAUGAUCUUGCCGAUCAGACAGCCAUCGAAUAUGGCACCAUGCACGGCGGCUCCACCAUGACCUUCUUCCAGAACUCGCGUUACCAGACGUACCAGCGCAUGUGGAACUUCAUGCACUCCAAGCAGCCCAGUGUAUUUGUGAAGAGCACAGAGGAGGGUAUCGCACGGGUACUGAACUCCAAUUACGCCUACCUACUGGAGAGCACCAUGAACGAGUACUAUCGGCAGCGCAACUGCAACCUCACGCAGAUAGGAGGUCUGCUGGACACCAAGGGCUAUGGCAUUGGAAUGCCUCUGGGCACUGUGUACCGGGAUGAGUUUGACCUGGCCAUUCUCAGACUGCAGGAAGAGAACCGGCUGGAGAUCCUAAAAAGAAAAUGGUGGGAUGGUGGAAAAUGUCCAAAAGAGGAGGACCAUCGGGCCAAAGGACUUGGCAUGGAGAAUAUCGGCGGGAUCUUUGUAGUCCUAGUGUGUGGCCUGUUAAUUGCCAUCUUCAUGGCAGUGUUGGAGUUUAUCUGGAUGCUGCGACACACUCCAGGAACAGAGAAAGUGUGUGAGAAGGAUGCACCUUCUGGCCGGCUCGCGAAGUUGUCAGUGUGCGAGGAGAUGCUACGGGAGCUUCAAGGCAUCGUGUUGUGUCAGGACAGCCUGCAGCUCCGACGGAGGCGUAGCGGUGGCACCAGCGCUCUACGCCCGCAUCCUCUACCCACAGAGGACAGACGCGCUCGGCCCACAGGGACCAGCCUCAGUAACGGCAGAUUGUGCGCAGGCACGGGACUGUCAGAGCCACUCUCCCACAAACUGGCACAGGAGGCAGCCAUCGUGGCACGUGGCUGCAGCCACAUCCGCAUCUGCCCCGAGUGCAGGCGAUUCCAGGGGCUGCGAGUGCAUCCACCAGGGACCCCACGGGCAUCGCCCACGCACAGUGAUGAUAGCUUUGAGUGGGACAAGACCACUAACAGCAGUGAACCUGAAUAACAAACGCUGGCUUUUCACUAAACUGAGUGUGUGAUACAGUAAGGAUCAAGAACCUCAUGUGAUCAGAGCUACGAUUUGCAGAUGUGUUUAUAUUCCCAGAAGCUGGAAUGGGUCUCCGUAUACACUGCCCUCUUCAUCAUCUGCCCUGAAUAGCAUUUUUCAGCAAACUGAGGAGGCUUUGUACUAUGCAGUUUUUUUUUUCUGUCUUACUGUGUUGUUGAUUUUACUUUAAAUUAUUCCUCUUUGGUUGUGAGAUCACAGUUGUACUAUCACUAGAUUGCUCUUGUUCUCACGAUGACUAUGAUUACAGCUUUUAUUUUCUUCAAACAGCGGAGAGGCAUUCCUUACUGACGACAGCCACAGGGAGCUAGUUGUGAAGACUUUUCACAUCAUCAAAUUCUGGAAACAUUUUUUUAAGUGGCAAAUAAAACCUGGUAUUGA